UCUGCUACUCAUCGGGGGCCUGAUAAUGACAGGAUGGCGGAGGCAGGGGGACCGGAGUCCACUGCGGCCCGGUGCCCGGACGAGUCCUCGGACAGUGAGCCCGAGCAGGAGCCCGGAUCUCCGCAGAAACUUAUCCGGAAAGUGUCGACGUCCGGUCAGAUCCGCAGCAAGACCGUCCUGAAGGAAGGAACGCUCUUGAAACAGACAAACUCCUUCCAGCGCUGGAAGAGACGAUACUUCAAGCUACGAGGAAGGACUCUGUACUACGCUCAGACCAGCAAGUCGAUCAUCUUUGACGAGGUGGACCUGACCGACGCCAGCGUGGCCGAGUCUAGCACCAAGAACGUCAACAACAGCUUCACAACAGGAAGUGGGCAUGAGCUGUUUUUAGGGAGGUGGGAGGGGCAAGUGAAGGGAAAAACAGCAGGAGGAUCAAAGAGCAGCGAGUCUCAGACGGGAUCCGGGUCCGGACGCUCAGGAGAACCUCGGGUGAUCACCCCCUGCAGGCACCUCAUUCUGUGUGCUGACAACAGGAAGGAGAUGGAGGAGUGGAUGGCGGCGCUGCGCAGCGUCCAGAACAGGCAGAACUAUGAGUCCACCCAGUACAGCAUGGACCACUUCAGUGGGAUGCACAACUGGUACGCCUGUUCCCACGCCAGACCGACGUACUGCAACGUAUGCAAGGAGGCGCUGUCAGGGGUCACGUCCCACGGCCUGUCCUGUGAAGUGUGUAAGUUUAAGGCUCAUAAGCGUUGCGCGGUCCGAGCCACAAACAACUGUAAGUGGACAACUCUGGCUUCGAUCGGGAAGGACAUCAUUGAGGACGAGGACGGGGUGUCGAUGCCUCAUCAGUGGUUGGAGGGGAACCUUCCUGUCUCCGCUAAGUGUAGCGUCUGCGAUAAGACAUGCGGCAGCGUCCUCCGGCUGCAGGACUGGAGGUGUCUCUGGUGUAAAGCCAUGGUGCACUCAGGCUGUAAGGAGCAGCUGUCGUCCAAGUGUCCUCUGGGUCAGUGCAAAGUGUCCGUCAUUCCUCCAACGGCGCUCAACAGCAUCGAUUCUGAUGGUUUCUGGAAGGCGUCCUGUCCUCCGUCCUGCACCAGUCCUCUGCUGGUUUUUGUCAACUCAAAAAGUGGAGACAAUCAGGGCGUGAAGUUCCUGCGACGGUUCAAACAGCUGCUGAACCCGGCGCAGGUGUUUGACCUGAUGAACGGAGGACCUCACCUGGGUCUGCGGCUGUUCCAGAAGUUCGACACCUUCAGGAUCCUGGUUUGUGGAGGAGACGGCAGCGUUGGCUGGGUUCUGUCUGAGAUCGAUGCUCUGACGCUGCACAAACAGUGUCAGAUGGGUGUUCUUCCUCUCGGAACCGGGAAUGACCUGGCUCGGGUUCUGGGCUGGGGCUCAGCCUGUGAUGACGACACGCAGCUACCUCAGAUACUGGAGAAACUGGAGAGAGCCAGCACCAAGAUGCUGGACAGGUGGAGCAUCAUGGUCUAUGAGACAAAGUUUCCACGGCAACACUCUGCCUCCACCGUCACGGAGGACUGCAGUGAUGACUCGGAGGUGCAGCAGAUUCUGACCUACGAGGAUUCUGUGGCUGCUCACCUGACGAAGAUCCUGACUUCAGACCAGCACUCAGUCGUCAUCUCCUCAGCCAAAGUUCUCUGUGAGACCGUCAAGGACUUUGUGGCUCGUGUUGGUAAAGCUUAUGAGAAGAAUACAGAGAAUUUGGAGGAGUCUGAGGCUAUGGCCAAAAAGUGCGGCGUUCUGAAGGAGAAACUCGACUCGCUGCUGAAGACUCUGAACGAGGAGUCGCAGGCCUUGACGGUGUUCCCCCCGGCUCCUCCGCCGACCAUCGCUGAGGAACAGGAGGAGCUGGAGGUGGUCAGUCUGGCUCCUCUCCUUCAUCCUGCUCCUCCUCCUCCUCACCCUCCCUGUUCGCCACGGGCCACACCGCCACCUUCAGCAGCGGCCGCCAUUUUUAAACCUCGGGAGCAGCUGAUGUUGAGAGCCAACAGUCUGAAGAAGGCGAUCCGACAAAUUAUUGAGCACACAGAGAAAGCUGUGGACGAGCAGAACGCUCAGACCCAGCAGCACGUCUUCUCUGUGGGUCGUUCUGAGCAGCAGGUGGGUCUGGUUGAAGAGGAGGAGGAGGAAGACGGGGAGGAGGACAAGUUGUCUCUGCAGUCGUCUUUCAGCUCCAAACAGCGCAGCAGCCGCAGACUCAGCAAGACGCCGUGUGAGAAACUGAUCCAUAAAGGCGGCCUGUUACCUGGGAGCUCCGCUUCACUUCCUGUCCAUACAGGAAAUAGAGACAACAUGCCUAUGCUGAACACAAAGAUCUUGUAUCCAGGCACUUUGACCAGCAGCUCGGUCAUCAGUCGGCUGCUGGUCAACGCCGACCCGUUCAGCUGCGACGCCGACAACAUGGACUGCUACACGGAGAAGUGCGUCAUGAACAACUACUUUGGUAUCGGACUCGACGCUAAGAUCACGCUAGACUUCAACAACAAGAGAGACGAGCAUCCAGAGAAGUGCAGGAGUCGCACAAAGAACUUGAUGUGGUACGGAGUGUUGGGAACCAAAGAGCUGCUGCACAGAACCUACAAGAACCUGGAGCAGCGAGUCCUGCUGGAGUGUGACGGCCGGCCGAUCCCCCUGCCCAGCCUGCAGGGCAUCGCUGUGCUCAACAUCCCCAGCUACGCCGGGGGAACCAACUUCUGGGGCGGGACCAAGGAGGACGAUACCUUCGCGGCGCCGUCCUUCGACGAUAAGAUCCUGGAGGUGGUCGCCGUGUUCGGCAGCAUGCAGAUGGCCGUGUCAAGGGUCAUCAACCUGCAGCACCACCGCAUCGCCCAGUGUCGGACAGUGAAGAUCACCAUCCUGGGGGACGAGGGCGUCCCGGUCCAGGUGGACGGGGAGGCCUGGAUCCAGCCUCCUGGCUACAUUAAGAUCAUCCAUAAGAACCGGACCCAGACCCUGACCAGAGACCGGGCGUUUGAGAGCACCCUGAAGUCCUGGGAGGACAAGCAGAAGUGUGAGUUUCCCCAGCCGUCCCUGCCGCCGCAGCCGGAGACGGUCUCUGAGGACGAGGCGCUGCUGGUCAGCGAGUUCGGUCAGGCUGCUGGAGCCCUCAUCCACAGUAUCCGGGAGGUGGCCCAGUUCCACCACAGCAUGGAGCAGGAGCUGGCCCAUGCCGUCAACGCCAGCUCCAAAGCCAUGGACGUGGUCUACGCCAAGAGCCCCGAGGCUCUCAGCUGCAGCUCUGUGGUCCACAUGGUGAGCGACGUCAAAGCUCUGCUCAGCGAGACGGAACUGCUCCUGGCCGGGAAGAUGUCCAUGCAGUUGGACCCGCCUCAGCAGGACCAGCUGAACGCCGCUUUGGGUUCUGUGGCCCAGGAGCUCCGCCGGCUGUCGGAUGUCCCCUGGUUGUGUCCCGUCAUCGACCCGUCGGACCAGGAGGGUCCUCUGGCGGACUUUUCCAAACGGAGUCAAAGUGGGAAAUUUCGUCUUGUCUCAAAGUUCAAGAAGGACAAAAACAACAAGAACAAAGAGAUGUGCGCCACCCUGUCCCUGCCAGUUCACCAGUGGGGAACCGAGGAGGUCGGGGCCUGGCUGGACUUCCUCUGUCUGUCUGAGUAUAAGGACAUAUUUAGUGGACACGAUGUCCGAGGAGCCGAGCUGAUCCACCUGGAGAGGAGAGACCUGAAGGACCUUGGGGUGACCAAAGUUGGACACAUGAAGCGGAUCCUGCAGGGCGUCAAGGAGCUGACGAGGAGCAGCAGCGCCAGCGAGGCCUAACCGCCUGCAGGAACCGCUGUCCGCUGCCCUCCUCCCUCUGCUACCUUUCUCCACCCGUCCAGCCAGAAACCACCGGACCCGACCGGGACCAGAACCAGCCCUCAGAAACACUGGGCAGAACCUUUUACAGGAACCUCCCGGUUCCGACCCGGAGAAAGAACCAAUCAGCUGAUCCAUGAGUGCCUUCCUUCUCCAACCAGAACCAAGGGGUCCAAUCAAAGAAUCCGAACCAGAACCAACCGGUCCAAUCAAAGAUCCAGAACCAUCAGAUGGGUCCGGAUCAGAACGAGGACCAUCUCAGACUCUCUGAACGUUUCAACGGGCCUCUCCUUGGAGGCGACACCAGGUUCUGAUAAGUCGGAACCAACUGGACCUCAGGUCCGGUUGCGGCGAUGCAUUUGGAUCAUGACACCUUCAGGUACUGAUCAGAACCUGAUCUCCUUUACUCCAAAUAGAACCACAGAUUGGUUCUGAGUUCUGUUGAUAGUGAGAUUUCUCUCAGACUGGAUCAGAACUCUGACCGGGUUCUGGUAGAACCAGAACAGCAAGGUCCGGCAGCAGCUCUGUGAGCUGGAUUCUGGGUCAGAGUGAUCCAGAACCGAACCACUGACCUAUUAGGUGAAUAUGGUGAGCCAUAUGGUUUGGGUUUUUUUAACAACUGAACCUCCUCGGGUUUGACGUUUUGGACCAGAACCUAGCAGAACCCUUUAAAGAAAAUCAAACCUUUAAUGUCCCAAACACCCGAACCAGAACCAGAACCAAAAAACAAUGGCUAUGGUUAUGGAUGGACUAAACCAGUUUACAGGAUUCACACCACAUGUGGUUCUGAUGAAACCCGGUCAAAACCCGAUCCAACAUUUCAGCCUCAUCAACGGUUUUGGGUCCAAAAUGUUUUAUUUUGAAACUACAACGAUCCAUCAGAUUGAAACAGAACCCUAAUGGGUUCUGAAUAGUUCAGAACCGCCCUGCUGAAUCUGAUUGGUCAGAUUCCAGGAAGCCCCGCCCCCUGGAUUCCUGCAGUGCACCAGCAGGGGGCGACCAAUCACAGACUGAACCUUUCUGAGCAAUCUGGUGGAGAUUCAAAGAGUUUACCUGAACAUUUAUCGACGGGUGCCUUAAAGACGCGGCGGCCGGUCAGAGGUCAACUGGUCAGAGGUCAACCGGUCAGAGGUCAACCGGCUGAUCUCAGAUCACGCCGCGGUUUGUUUGUUUUUUUCUUUCUCCAGCUUCAUUUUUCUACUGAUCUUUAUCGUUCUACAGUUGAUAUGUUCAGAUUCUAGAUUAGGAUUUUUCCAAAUCUUGUUCCAGAUGUUUGUAUUUGGUUCCAGUUUUAAUCUGGGCCCAGACGUUUCCAGAACCUGCUCCAGAUUCCCCACAGUCUGGACUCAAUCCAGAUUCCCAUGUUUUCAUUGUCCAGAUGUUUCAGUCUGGUUCCAGAUGUUUCCACAUCUUCAUCUGAGCUGUUCUGGACCCGGACAUAUCGGAUCUGUGAGGUUCUGGAACAGAUUGUUCUGUUUCUGCUUCCUAAUAUUCCAGAGUUUGGAUCAGAUUACAGAUGGUUAACAUCUGGAUCCAGAUUCAUAAACAUCCAGAUUCAUUUGUUUUACAGUCUGGGUCCAGAUGUUUCUGAGUUUUGAUCUUUGAGUUCUGUUUUAAAUACUUCAAAUUCUGGAUUCGGACGUGUCUAGAUCUGGAUCCAGAUCCAUACAGGUUUACAUCCAUGCGUUUUUGGUCCUGGAUUCUAAUACUUUAGAUCUCUCUCCACCUCUGGAUCCAGAUGUUUCUGAGCUUCAGAUGUAUUUUCAUAACAAACUGUUGAUCCAGAUAUUUUCAUGUCUGCAUUUAGAUUUUCCAGAUGUUUCUGAGUCCUGUUACACAUAUUUUGCUGUCCAGAUGUUUCAGAUUCUGGGUCCUGAUAUCCAGAUUCUUCAGGUGUUUCAUGUUACAAUGUGUCACAUUCUAGACCCAGAAUUUCUUAGUCCUGGUACAGAAGUUUCAGACUGGAUCCAGAUGUUUCAGAUUACUUGAUGUUUGUGCCUCACUCCCUGAAUUUAAGAGUUUAAAUCUCCAGAUUUUUUCCAGAUUCUGGAUCCAGAUGUGUGUUUUAACCUCUGGAUCCAGACCCAGAGUCGUCCUGAUCCAGAUGUGUCCUCUGCUCCUCCUCCUCCUCCUCCUCCUCAGUGCCUUGCUCCAGGGCGCGGUGCAGUGCCGGUCUCAUCCCGCCUGUAUUUAUUGUGUAAUUUAUAAACCGUGACACUGUUCCGGCGGUAGGAGCGCCCCCUGCUGGGCCGUCGCUGUAGAUACACAGAAACCUGUGGAAGAUAAAUAAACUUCAUGUCUCCUCUGAAA